GGAGGAAGAAGCAGACCUCAGGCUGGAGGAGGAGUGAAGCCGUGGAGGAGGGAGGGGGUCCAUGGAGGGAGAGCAAGGCCCUCUCGGGGUAGAUCCUUACCGCCAUAAUGGAUGACUUAAACCUGCACUACCGAUUUCUCAACUGGAGGAGGAGGAUCCGGGAAAUCCGAGAGGUGCGAGCUGUCCGGUACCACGAGCGAUUCAAACAUAUCCUUGUGGAUGGAGACACAUUAAGUUACCACGGAAACUCUGGCGAAGUUGGCUGUUACGUCGCGCGUCAUCCGCUGACCAAAGACAACAAUUAUUUUGAGGUAUCAAUCGUGGACAGCGGCGUUCGAGGGACCAUCGCGGUGGGCUUGGUGCCACAGUAUUAUAGCCUGGACCAUCAGCCCGGAUGGCUACCGGAUUCAGUUGCCUACCAUGCCGAUGAUGGCAAGCUUUACAACGGCCGAGCCAAGGGCCGUCAGUUCGGGACGAAAUGCAGCUCUGGGGACCGAAUUGGCUGUGGGAUCGAGCCCGUGUCUUUCGAAGUCCAGACGGCCCAGAUAUUCUUCACCAAAAAUGGGAAGAGGGUGGGGUCCACCAUAAUGCCGCUCUCCCCAGAGGGGCUUUUCCCAGCCGUGGGGAUGCACUCCCUGGGGGAAGAGGUCCGGCUUCACCUCCACGCCGAGCUGGGCAACGAGGAGGAGGACGAUAGCAUCAUGAUGGUGGACAGCUACGAGGACGAAUGGGGCCGGCUGCACGAUGUGAAAGUCUGCGGCACACUCUUGGAGUACGUGGGAAAAGGGAAGAGCAUUAUUGAUGUGGGCUUGGCACAAGCGCGGCAGCCCCUGAGCACGAGGAGUCACUACUUCGAGGUGGAGAUCGUAGAUCCGGGAGAGAAAUGCUACAUUGCCCUUGGCCUCGCUCGCAAGGACUACCCGAAAAACCGGCAUCCUGGCUGGAGCAGAGGAUCUGUAGCCUACCAUGCAGACGACGGCAAGAUCUUUCACGGGAGUGGAGUAGGGGACCCCUUUGGGCCCCGCUGCUACAAGGGUGACAUCAUGGGCUGUGGGAUCAUGUUCCCCCGCGAUUAUAUCCUCGACAGUGAAGGCGACAGUGACGACAGCUGUGAUACGGUGGCCCUCCGGGCCAAGCCCCCCCGCGGUGUGAGAAACGUCCUGUACCUGCACCAGGAAGCAGAGGAGGAGGAGGACGAAGAGGAUGACGGGGAAGACAUGGAGCAAGAGCACGAAGGCAAGAAGGUGGUGGUGUUCUUUACCCGCAACGGGAAGAUUAUUGGCAAGAAGGAUGCCGUGGUGCCCUGCGGGGGCUUCUUCCCCACCAUCGGGAUGCUGAGCAGCGGGGAGAAAGUCAAGGUGGAUUUGCACCCGCUCAGCGGCUAAGGACUUGGGGGGGGCAAAGGGAUCCCCCCGUCUCUUUCAUUUUGCCAUUCCUUGAGGCUGCCUGAUUUGAUUGUUUGGGAUGUUCUUCAUUGCACUUCCAGCCUCCACCUCCAGGGGCAGCAUAUUUUUUUUUUGUCGGUUGGGCCGUAUAGAUGUCUGUAUCUAACAUCACCUGAGCCGCUUCCCUGUCUCUUUACUGCUCAGUCACGAUGGCCAUUGGGCCGCUGCCGGAUGCUGGAGAAAUCCUGGGGCCCUUGUUUGUGACAAGGCCUGGGUUCAGGUGCUGGUGGCAGAGGUGUCUUCCCACCUGCCCCGGCCUGCUUCAGGGAGCAGUUCUGAAUGUUGCAUGUGGCCCGCGGAUCCUUGUCCUUUGGAAGAAAGGCUGGGAUGGGGCUUGGCAGUUCCAUGCUCGAAGCGCGCAGAAGGGGCCGGGGCGAAGGCUGCCAAGCAUUAAUUCAGAUGUCGAUGGAGCCGUAUCGGUACCCUCUGUCAUGGCUGUGGACACUCCCGGUAUUGCCCUCUAAGACGCCAGAAUGCUGCCGCCCCAGCGGUGCCCACCAGCCCCACAAAGCCCUUCUAUUGGUCUCCCUCCUCCCCCACCUCUUACAGCACUGUA